CCGACUUCGAAUACGUGCAGAUCAACUCGUCCUCUAUUCUUCGGUGCCCCGAACACGCUUGAACCCACAAGUUAGUCAAUCACAUAGUCGAUAUCUGUUUGGUUCUCAACCUCUGCCUAUUCAACCUUUAUUUGGCGCGGCAUCUAUCGAGAUAUCCCGCCCUUGUUCGCCGCGUUUUGCCCAAUGUUGUAAAGUCGUGGCGAUGAUGUCCCGAUGGCUCCUGCUAGUGGGCUACUUUAUACUGGCUCUUAUGCUGCGGCCCAGCAUUGCAAAAUCAUCCGGCGAACCCAAAGUCACCACGACCAAGUUCGAGCAUGCUCCGGUAUCGCUUUUUUACUUCGAGGAUACAGAUAAAGUCCUCAUGAGCUUGGAGAAUGGAGAAAUCUUCCAGUCAUUCGAUGGAGGUGAGAAAUGGGAACAGGUCACGGUAGAGGGCAAAUUCAUGACACAACGGGUUUACGUUCAACAGCAUCCAUUCGACAAGAAUAGAGCUUAUGCUUUGGGCAACGAUGGGCGCCAUAUAAUGACGAAGGACCAGGGUAAAACCUGGCAUAUCUUUACGAUUGAUGACUUUCCAGCAUCUCAGCAACAUUCGCCGCUUAUAUUUCAUGGCUGGGAUUCGAGUAAAGUGAUUUUCCAGAGCGAAGAAUGCGCUGGGUUCUUCUGCAUCGUGAGGUCAUACUAUACGACAGACGACUUCCAAACGGUCAAAUUUCUGCGCGAGAGUGCUGCAGGAUGUUCGUGGGCUAUUGGGCAUCCGGAUUUCGCGGAGGAUAUUCCAUCCUUUCAAUUCAUAGAUAGGACACUAUGUGUUGUCCCGGGCUUGAAGGUGCCAUUUGGUCACGCUAACCGCCUCGUGUACUCUGACGAUUAUUUCAGCAGUAGUACAGAUGGUAUCGAAGUAAAGCUGCAAGCAGAUCGGCCAAUUUCUGGAGUCAUCAGUACCGCUGCUGUCAAAAAGUUUGUUGUUGCUGCUGUUAAAUCGAAGGGGACAGACGAACUCGCCCUGUAUGUCACCACCGAUACAAUUGCUUGGAGUCGAGCAGAAUUUGGCGGCCACAGGAUAGAACAAGAUGCCUACACCAUGUUGGAAAGCACCAACUACAGCCUCCAAGUGGAUGUUCUAACCAGCCCGUUUAGUGGGAUGGGUGUGCUGUUUACGUCCAACUCAAAUGGCUCGUUCUUCACUCGCAAUAUUGAGCAUACGAAUCGCAAUGAAGCUGGUAUUGUGGACUUUGAAAAGGUAGCUGGGAUCCAAGGAAUAGUUUUGGUCAACACGGUCAAGAAUCCCAAAAAGGUUGAAUUCGGUGCCGAAAAGAAGAUCAUCAGCCAAAUAAGCUUCGACGAUGGCAGAACCUUUCAGCCACUUAGAAUGGGCGAUAAGAGUCUACAUCUACACUCAGUGACUACUUUUGCAAACGUCGGCCGCGUAUUUUCAAGUCCGGCACCGGGUGUAAUCAUGGGCGUCGGCAACACAGGCGACAAUCUCAAGCAAUAUAUUGAUGGCGACUUGUUUGUUUCAGACGAUGCGGGAGUUACAUGGCGGCAUGCUCUCGAUGGGCCAUAUAAGUACGAAUUCGGUGACCAGGGAGCCGUGAUUAUGGCGGUUAGCGAUGCCGGACAGGCGAAAAAAGUCAGAUUCUCUCUCGAUCAUGGCAAGGAAUGGGAUUCACUCGAUCUAGAGCACACAAUUUACCCCAGCAUGGUCACGACAACUCCCGACUCUACCAGCCUGAAGUUCGUCCUCGUUGGGCGGAGUGAAGGAGACCAUAUCGUUUAUUCCAUUGAUUUCAAGGGUCUCCACGAAAGAAAAUGUGGUCAGGAUGACUUCGAAAAGUGGCCGGCCAGGCUAAAUGAGAAGGGUGAACCUGACUGCUUAAUGGGACACAAGCAGUUCUAUCGUCGCAGGAGGGCUAACGCAAACUGUUUUGUGGACGAGGAGUUUAAAGACCCUCGGCCAAUCCUGGAACCCUGUAAGUGCACCAUUGAGGAUUUUGAGUGUGAACAGUUCAGUGAGGAGAGAGAGAGCUGCAAACCUGCUCGAAUCCCCAGACCCCCAGAGGGAAAAUGCACGAAUCCAACCGAUACGUACUUAGGCCCAUCAGGCUGGAGACUCAUCCCAGGAAACACCUGCAUCAGAGAAGGCGGUGUGAACAAGGAUGACCAGAUCGAGUGGCUCUGCGAGGACAUUGGGAGUCCUCACGAUAGUAAUGAGACGAUCAGUCAUACCAAACAGUUCUUUGAUGCGAAGCAAUUUACCGCAUAUAUUUACUUGGAACGGCAAUCCAGCAGCUCAGGAAAAGACGAAACUGUCAUCAUGCUCACCAGUGCACACGAUCUGUAUGUCUCUAAUGACCACGGUAAAACUUGGCAGCAGUCAUUGCAAGGCAAGAAAGUCACCAGAAUCGCGCCUCAUCCGUUCAGUAGUGACACAGCCUUUUUCUUGACUGAUGGAAAGGAGGCAUUCUGGACGGUUGAUCGAGCCCAGUCAUUCAAAAGCUUUGAGGCGCCGAUUCCACCUGCUAAUGAACGUCUCCCUACUCUCUCCUUUCAUCCCCAGUAUAAAGAUUGGCUUAUAUGGACGGGUGCCGUGGAUUGUCAUUCUGGCGACUGCCACUCUAAUGCCCACAUCAGCCAUAAUCGCGGCGAAAACUGGAAACUUCUUCUCCGCUACGUCCAGAAAUGCGAGUUCGAGAGUCGAGAGACCCGCCUUGACAGCAAUAACCUGAUAUUCUGUGAGCAAUUCGAAAGCGAAAAUCGAAACAAUCGGUUGCAACUUAUAUCGAGCGAAAAUGAGUUUGCCGACAGACAUGUCCAUUUUGAGGAUGUUAUCAAUUAUGCUACGAUGUCUGAAUUCAUCGUGGUAGCAUCUCGAAACCCUGAAAAACCGGAGUCAUUGGUUGCGAGCAGCAGUGUGGACGGUCGGACUUUUGCGCAAGCACAUUUUCCCCCGAACCUCAACGUCCCAAUUCAGACAGCCUAUACUGUCCUCGAAAGCUCUACUCAUGCUGUUUUCUUGCACGUGACGGUGAGCAAUGCCGAAGGAGCAGAGUAUGGCUCCAUUAUAAAGAGUAAUAGUAAUGGGACCUCCUACGUGCUCAGCCUUGGUGCAGUGAGUCGGGACCAUCGCGGCUAUGUCGACUUCGAGAAAAUUCAAGGCCUUGAAGGUGUUGCUAUUGCAAAUAUUGUCAGUAAUGUGGACACACUCUCAUCGGGAGAGCCCAAAAAAUUGAGAACCAUGAUUACGCACAAUGAUGGAGGCCGUUGGAUGUUGCUGUCCCCCCCGAUAGACGCGGACGGCAAGAAAUUCGGCUGUGCUGUGGAAGAAGGCAAAGGGGUCCCGGGUUGCUCGCUCCACCUCCAUGGCUAUACAGAGCGGAGGGACGAAAGAGACACGUAUUCGUCUGGCUCAGCAAUUGGCCUGAUGGUUGGUGUAGGCAAUGUGGGUGAUCAUUUGGUCAGCGACAUAGAACCGGAUACAUUCAUCACACGAGACGCUGGAUUCACUUGGAAGUUCGUGAAGCAAGGCAAAUACUUAUGGGAAUUUGGUGACUCGGGAUCUUUAAUCGUGAUCGUGCGCGAAUCAACACCGACCCAAGUACUGUAUUACAGUACAGACGAAGGUAGCACCUGGGAAGAAUACCGGUUUUCAGAUGUUCCAAUGCAAAUUGAAGAUAUCUCGACUGUACCGUCUGAUACGUCAAAGAAUUUUCUCCUUUGGGGUAGAGAUACGGAGUCGGAGAAUCGAAAUAAACUCGCGACCGUUAACAUUGACUUCACUAACCUCCGGGCUGCCUCAUGCAAUUUGAAUGAGGAUAGUGGAGCUAGCGACGAUUACUAUAUUUGGGAGCCAAAACACCCUUUCGAGGAGAAGAACUGUCUGUUCGGUCAUGUUGAACAAUAUCAUCGCAAGAAACCCGAAGCCCAGUGUUGGAAUGACUGGCGUGAGCCUCAUAUUCACAGCAUAGGGAGGAAUUGCAGUUGCACAAAAUCUGACUUUGAAUGUGAUUAUAAUUACGAACCUCUGAGUGAUGGUAGCUGUCGGCUUGUCGAAGGACUGUCUCCACCAGAUGCGAUGGCCAUUUGCAGGGCGGACCCUGAUCGAGUUGAAUAUUGGGAACCUACAGGAUACCGGCGUUUGCCACAAACGACCUGUGAAGGGGGAUUAGAGCUGGACCACCUAAGGUCGAAGCCCUGCCCAAAUAAGGAAGAGGAAUUUCAGCAAAGACACGGCAUCGGCGGCGUUGGACUAUUCUUCGCCAUUGUGACACCUAUUGCUGUAGCAAGUGCUGUUGGAUACUACGUCUACACCAGGUGGGACGGCAAAUUUGGCCAGAUCCGCCUUGGCGAAAGUGUUGGUACUUCUCCUGGUUUGCUAUCGCGAGACUCACAUUUCGUCACUGUUCCCAUAACUAUAAUUGCGGGCGCGGUGGCUAUUGUCAAAGCCUUGCCUCUUCUGGCCACUGGCUUAUGGCGAAGUGCAAGCGGAAGAUUGCGAGUAAGGCGCAGCGGAGGCUACACGCGGCCCUACUCGUCUCGGGGGGCUUUUGCAGCACGGCGGGGCGAUUACACUAGCGUCGUUGACGAUGAGGAUGAGCUUCUGGGGGUCGAAGACGCCGACAUGGACGAGGAGGAUGAGCUUUAGCGGUAGGGCACAUCCCCCCCUUUUUUUCAAUAAGCCUAACAGCUAGUCCAUGAUUCCAUAUUGCUGUACGAAAGUUUCAGUGUAAAGACUGAAGGGUUGGUUAGGUGCCGGAG